GCGGCCACUCUGCCGUCCAAGUACGACGGGAAAGGGGAUAUCACCUCUUGGAUCAGCUCCAUGCAGUCAUACUUCGAGGUACUGCGAACACCGCAGGAAGACCGAAGCAUGAUCAUGGGCACAAAUACUGAGCUCGUCGUACGGAGUUUUAUAGAAAUCCAAGCUGUUACAGCAGGUUAUGAGAGGAUUGACCUGACCGAGUGGCUGAAAGUGACUCCAGUAGGAACUCUUGAGGACCUCCUCAUCACGCAGUAUGAAGACAAGCACGCUGCGCUCAAGGCAAGACUGAAGCUUGAGGCCCUCAAAGGCCAAACAUGGAGGACUUCCAUGCAGGCUUUGGAGCAGCACUUGACUAGUCUGUUCACCACUCCAAACCUGGGAUUGACUGACGUGUCUUGCUUGGAUGAAGUCAUGGGAGUGGCCCAUAAAGAAUACCCUUCCCUGCUAGGACUCAAAGACCAUACCACUUGGCGAGAGCUACUGACGGAACUAGUCAACCUAGAGGCCAAGGACCUCGCCAGGCAUACAAAGGCACCCGCUGUAGGUAGAAAAUCACAACGCAAGCGGUAUGGAAGCAUCAACCAGCUUGCCCUGCAUGAACAUCGGGAGGCUGAAGAUCAGUCCUGCGCGGAUGAUCUGUCUUUAGAUGACGAUCUAGAGCCGGACUCCGAUAUGGGCUGUUCUACAUCAGCCAUUGAGUCUGACGUGAAUGAAGAAGAAAAAUUUAAUGCAUUUAAAAAGACUGCUUCAAGCAAGGGGCCUAACCGUGGUUCAGGUAGGGGAACUAUAGCACAUCUCCCCAAGAAUGCGAAGAUCCCUGAGAAACCGGAGGACGCUUCUACCAAGCCUUGGGAAGCCCUCCGCAUUAGUCAAAAGGAAUGGGAAAGAAGAUCCAAACUGCGCGGGUGCUUGCAUUGUCAAGAGCCUGGGCAUGCUGUGCAGGAUUGUUAUCGUCUGCAGGGAAACAGGCAAAGGGCGUAGAGGAGUCAUCAACACUCUCUACAGCAAGGGAAGCUGAACAGUCAGUUGCAGGCCCUUCCAAGGAGCCUGAAUCUGAUCAACAGCUUGCUCUUGAAGCCCGAACUGAUGUUGAAUCCAAGGCUGGUGCAGUCCAAGUACUUUACACCGAGCCUUGGGAAGAGACUAAGGAAGUUGACUUCCACUCUCACCUGGAACAUUGGCUGCAGCUCAAGCAGCAACGCCGUGUUCAAGGGAGUGUGGAGCUAACCUUCUUUAAGUUACUCAUUAACCGCCGAUACAUCCGUGUGCUGAUUGAUAAGGACUAACUUAUUUUCCCUUAACGAGAUUCGUAAGGCGGGCCUGGGAAUGAAGCAAGUGGAGUUGC